AAAAUUAUUUGAAGUUUGGGACCAAGGAAGGACCAUUUUGGAAGUGAGUUCAAAAACCCUAUACCACGUCCACUAAUAAAUGGGCUUAAAAUCAAAGCCCAUUAGUACACAUUCUCGCCGUCGACUGUAAGCCGGCGACCGACGAACGAAACGACGAGCGGAACCCUUCCAAAUAAGGAACAGAAUCCAAGACCGCCGUCGCCAAGAUCCCAUCACUUCAAACGACGAGCGGAACCCUUCCAAAUAAGGAACAGAAUCCCGUCGCCGUCGCCGUCGACUGUGCAAUACAAAGAGUAUCGAAAGAGGAGGAAGACGCUAUCCAAAGACAUGGCCGGAAGAAGCCAUCAGCCGAAUUCCUUGAAACGACGCGAAUUUCCGUUGAGCCGAAGCCCUAGUGAUGAUCGUCGAGCCCAUCAACGUCUUCCUUACUCAACUUCCGUUGGCGGUUCUUCGAGGGCUCACCAGGCAAUCCUUCUCGAAGAUCGGAUAUCAGCGCAGCAACGAGAGAUUCAAACUCUCCUCUCCGACAACCAACGGCUUGCAGCCACUCACGUGGCGCUCAAGCAAGAGCUAGCAGCGGCUGAGAAAGAGCUUCGGCUCUUAUCGGCCACUGCGGCUAAAGUCAAGGCCGAGACAGACGCAGAGGUGAGGGAGGUUUAUGAGAAAUCGCUGAAGAUGGGCGCUGAGGUUCGUGCCAUGGACGCUAUGAUGGCAGAGCUCGUUCAAGUGCGGGCGGAUAUGCAGAAGCUGAGUACCGUAAAGCAAGAGUUAACGACGGAGUUGCAAGCAAUUCGCGACAACCUUUCUAAAACCUCUUCAGAGUCACAGCCAUUGCCGUCUAUUAAAGCUGAAAUUGAUAGAAUGCACCAUGAAAUUCAAAGAGGAAGGGCUGCUAUUGAAUACGAGAAACAGACACGCGCCAGUAAUCUUGAGCAGAGUGAAGCCAUGGAAAAGGGUAUGGUUGCCAUGUCUCAGGAAGUUGAGAAAUUGCAGGCUGAACUGGCCAAUGCUGAGAAGAGAGCAAGGGCUGCGGCAGCUGUAACAAGUCCUUUUCCUGGUUAUGCUGCAACUUAUGGCCAUCCUGACAUAAGAUACAGUGGGAGCUCACAUCCCCCUGAUCCUUAUGGCAUGCGUCAGGUUCAAGGAGGAGUCGGUGUAAAUAUUGCUUCGCAAUACGCCCACGCACCACCGACGCAUGGACCCCUUUACAGCGUGCAACCAGCACCACCACAUAUGCAAUAAACGGGCAGAGCAAUGUAUGGACAAAUUUUGUGCUCGAUGAGGAAGGAGUCUCAGUGUCCUAGACUCCAUAACAGGCGGAAGGCACUGUAAAUACUGCCGCAGAAGCUGUUUUUCCAUCGGAGUUCUUUCGUCCAGGGUCGCCGGGGAGGUAUGCCACUGUCAUGUACAUUUUAACUUGUUAGGGGACCCUUGGCAGUUCUGAGAAGUGUUCAAUAUCUAAAUUUUGACAUCUCUUUUGAUUCACUGAUUAAAUUUUGGAUAUAUUCUUAAAGCUCGUUAGAAGUAGAACCAUGUAAUGGAAGCAUCUUAUGAU